AUGUAUGAGAUGCAGAGUCACGGGGGCAUCAUGCAGCUCCCACCCCUUUUCUCCCUGAUUACACUGGGUGACCUGGCCUCGGCCUAUGCACUGAGGUCUGAGCCCUUUCUUGUGCGGACGCUCAGCAAACUGUGUUUUGUGCUGAGGCUGGUGGAGACCAAGAUGAAGCAGGCGCUGCUGGUGCAAGGCUUUGCUCACGCUCCCAACAUGAAAUUGCGGGUCAGGGACGAGAUCCCGUUCCCCAUCAAUCAGAUAGCCGACAACUGUUUCUACCUGCUCCCUUUUUUUAAUCUCAUGAGCAGCAGCUGGCUGAGCAGCGAGGACCCAGAGCAGAGGGCUCCUCUGCAGCAGGCUGCGGUCAAGGUGCUGGGACCCACGAUGGACCUCCUUCUCCAUCAUGAGGGGCAUCAUGAUACUGUUUUUGAGAGGCUCCCCUGUCUCCUGUGGCAGUAUGAGGAAAGUGUUGACAAACUUCAUGUCACCGUGAGUCUGAGCCAGGUCUUGGAGGUGGCCUAUGAUCUUCAGAUCCUGCUCCCUGAUGGGAAACUCGAGAACUUCAGCCUCACCAUGCACAAGCAG